AUGAUUAUAUUGAGUAUCAAUUUAAAUCAUUGUGCUCUAGCUCAGGCCCACCUCCAAGUUCUUGGUGAUAUCAUGGGUUCUAUCCCAGACAUUAUUUGCAUGCAGGAGCCCUAUGCUAUUCAGGACUCAUUAGCUUUUGUCAGCCCUGGCUGGAGAUUCGCCUAUUUAGACAAGGGUAGGACAGGUAUACUUGUUACUCGACCAGAUAUUGAUUUUACGAGGGACUUGGAAACAGACACUAUUACUGCCAUCUCUGUAUUUAACCGCGACUCUAAGAGAUUGGGUAUAAUCACAGUUUACUUUUCUGCUGCAGAGGAUAUUGACAGCCAUUUAUCGAAUUUAGAAACCAUUUUAACAAAAUAUGAAAGUUUUAUUCUGACGGGUGAUUUUAACUCUAAGCACACAUGUUGGGGCGCGGGAGUCAUCGACUCUCGUGGCCGACUUGUUUGUGAUUUUAUUAUUUCAAACAAUUUGAUUUUAUACAAUGAAUCCGACUCUGUUGCCACUUUCAAAUCGGUUGUUGGCGAGGGAUGGACGGAUUUGGUUCUUUCCUCCUCGGAUGUUUAUACUUGCUCUGGAAAGCUAGAGAUUCUAUUGGAUGAAAGUCUUAGCGAUCACCGUUAUGUACGCCUUGUCUAUGAUGUGGACUUUCAUAUAGAUCCCAAAAUUAACAUUUCCAGGGAUGUCUCAAGGAUCACAAGAUUUUGUAAAAGCAUGCAUAAAAAGGUACACGAUUUUAAAUUAGAGCUUGAUGUUUGCAGCAAUUCUAAAAGUCUUGAUUAUUGUACCACGAAAUUCUUUGAAGAUAUCUCUCGAGAUGUGGAAAAGAAAUUAAGGGUUGGACAUACCAACGAUAAAAACAUCUCUUGGUGGAAUUCCCACCUUACCUGUCUUAGACGUAAAAUACGAGCCUUGAGGAAAAGCUUCCAGACUCCUGGUAUUUUAGAAGAUGUCCGCCUAAAAAGAAAAAUCCUAUAUAAAAAGGAAUUAGCUAUUUAUAAGCGAACAAUUAGGAAAACUAAGUCUGAUACCAAAAGAAAAUUUUUUAUUAAUAAUGUCAACUAUUAUGAUGGUUUUUACCGCAUUGCCUCUGGUAAAACCAGACCUGCUUCUACUUUUAAUAAUCCUACGGGAAUUAGUGACUUGAAAGAACUAAAUCGUCAGACUAUUACUGGAGCCUUGAAAUUAGGCUGUUUUGAUAGCUUUGUCUUUGAAGAUGAGAGAGUCGUAAAUAAUGUUGAGCCCAUGAUUACAUCUGUUGAAAUCAGAUGUGCUGUUAACCAGCUGAGGAGACGAAGUGCGGCUGGUCCUGACUUUUUUAGUCCUAUUUUUGUACAGGUUUUUAUCUAUACAUUUUUAGACUUAUUUUUACAACUUUUUAAUUUGUGUUUUAAAUUUGGGACUUUUCCUCGUUGCUGGAAAUUGGGCCGAGUGAUCUUACUCCCUAAGCCAAAUGGAAAACUGAGACCAAUUGUACUCCUGAGUGUAUUUGGUAAGGUUUAUGAGAAAAUCAUAGUGGAAAGACUGAGACACUAUUUAAAUAUUAAUGCUCCACUUAGUCGGCGGCAAUAUGGGUUUGUCCCUGGUCGUUCUACGGACGAUGCUCUUUAUGAUGUUAUGGAUUUCAUUAAAACACAUAAAAAGACACAACACGUAGUUUUGGUUUCUUUAGAUGUGUCUUCUGCAUUUGACUCCGUACGAUGGCGUUCCGUCCUGCAGACCCUCAUUGCCCUAAAGACUCCAAGGAAUAUAGUACGGAGCUACUUUGACUACUUUGCUGGAGCGCAGGAUUAUUUACAAUGGAUUUGGAAAAAGAGAGGCUUUGAUUGA